AUGCUCGCGCCAGGGUCUCCGUAUCAGAUCCUCGACCAGGAGAACCUCACCCAGGCAGAGGUCGAGCUCGUGCAGCGGAUGUACGACUUCAGCGUAACCGGCUCGUCCUCUAUCUUGGAACAGUGCCUACGACUUUCGACUAUAUGCUUCGUCCUCUUGUCCUCGUCACUCGCGAAGCUAGCACGGUACAUGUCAAGAAAACAAGCUACAAGUUUCGCGGUCGUACGGGCAGCCAUGACUGACAUGGCCGUGCGCCCUAGGAUCGGGGAGAAGUUCUUUGAGUGGACCGACUCUCGGUGCCCCUUGCCUUUGGACACCGCCCUGGCGCUGGUCGGUUUCCACUGGUACACGAACGCCUACCCGAGGAGCCUGUACCUGUAUCACUACAUCACUGAGGCUGCGGCCUCGGACGUUCUCUUCGCCGUGCCGAUCUCGAGGGAGAAGCCCUUCGGGUACUCGGUGUUUCCCGCCGAGAACAUCCUCGUGCCAAAGGCGUGGGCUAGGCAGGUCUAUCCCAACUUGGCGUUUUACGAGAGGAACGAAAAGGUAAAACAGGCCUGUCUUGUCCUUCCGGGCUCCCCACAAGACCAGGCUACAUUCUCGCCAUGUUGCUUGCUGAUGUUUGCUAACCAGCAGAGUGCGGCAACCAGGGUAGGCACUUUGCAGCCCUCGAACAACACCAACUCUUUUUUGCAGAACAUUGAUUAGUUCUCAGCCAUAGCGAGGCCCCUGAUCAGCCUUUGAUGUCUAAUUAAACCCAUCCAUCGGGGGCUCUGUUGUGGUCUACCAAUCCUAAACUGCUGCUAUUCCGUAGGUACACAUUUGUUGCGCAGCACAAACCAGUUGGGGAGUGGACGGUCGGAUAUCCUCCUUUCUGCGCCAUGUGACACACCACGCAC